GUCAUGGCAGCAGAGCCCCUGACUCAAUGCUGCUUUGGUUAAUCAGUAACCAGAGUGGGAGCACCGCGGACAGCCGACUGGGUUAAAUUAAGGGAGCUGAGGAGUCAGGACCUCAGUCAGCCCUUCACUCAGCAGCAGCAGACACACACGAAGGAAUCAUUUUAAGGUGACUAUCAACAGAAGGUAAAAUGCGGAUCCUGCAGUCGCCUCUUCUUGCCCUCCUACUCUGCUGCUACCUCUCAGCGAGCCAAGCCAACCGCGUCUACAUUCACCCCUUCCAUCUCUUUGCCGCUGAGAAUGUCAGCUGUGAGACCCUGCAGGCCCAGACGUCCAAGCCUCUCGAGACACUUCCUGUGGCCGCCCUUGAUAUUGAAGUCCUGACGCCAGACAGCAGGGACCCGUCGAAGCUGGACGCACAGAAGCAGAACGUCACAGAGAGGACGGCGGUUCUGGCAGAGCUGUUGAACUCUCUGGGCCUCAGGAUGUACCAGGCACUCAGCAGCAAGCAGCAAAGCAGCAACACCCUCCUGUCCCCGGUCAACACCUACGGAUCCCUCUUCACCUUCUACCUGGGAGCCUCCAAGAAGACAGCAAGCUUGUUCCAGCAACUGCUGGGCCUGAGCAGCGGCACCGACCGAGAGGACUGUGUGUCCUUAGUGGAUGGACACAAGGUUCUCAAGACCCUGCAGAGCAUUAACUCUCUGGUGGACGACGGACCGAAAGAUGAAAUCACUACCCAGGUGUGGACCUUCGCUCGUCACGGUGCACAGCUAUCAGAGGAUUUUAUUCAAGGCACGCAAGACUUUUCGGACACAUCGUUCAUCCGCGGCGUGGACUUCUCCAAGCCUCAGGAGGCCGAGCAGCUGGUGAACAGCUUCGUGGAAAAGACGUCGGAAGGGAAGGUGAAGAGCGUCUUCAGGGAUCUGAACUCCAGCAGCGACCUUCUCUUUCUUACCUCCUUUAACUUCCAAGGUAGCUGGAGGACAGCUUUCCAGCCAGAGGAGACCUCCACGCAAGAAUUUCAUGUGGACGAAGCAACCACAGUGAUGGCUCCACUGAUGACCCACACGGGUCGGUACCACUACCUGAAUGAUAAGUUACGGCGGUGCACAGUUGUGAAGCUGUCUCUGAGUAAACGCUCCUACAUGCUGCUGGUCCUGCCUCAUGAAGGGGCUAACCUCCAUGACAUAGAGUCAAAGCUGGGUACUGUUGUCAUGUCUGACUGGCACCAGAACCUCCAGGAAGGUCUGUUGGAGCUGUCCCUCCCGAAGUUCUCCAUGUCUUCCACGACUGACAUGCGCGACCUGCUGACCAACAUCAGUCCAGAACUCGAGGCCAAACUGUUGGGCUCCGAGGCUGAGUUCAGCCAACUCAGCAACACCCAGCCCUUCGCUAUAGAUAAGGCGGUCAACAAGGUGAUGUUUGAGAUGUCAGAGGAAGGAGCAGAACCUCAGGACAAGAUCCAGGAAGCAGGCAUCCCCCUGAAACUCUCCAUCAACCGGCCGUUCUUCUUCUCUGUCAUAGAGGGAGAUUCAAACGCCAUCCUCAUGCUGGGAAAGAUCACCAACCCUACACUCUGAAGUUAUACAGUGCCCGAAAAAUCCAACAAAAACCUCUGACGUGAAAAACAGCCGACAUAACCAGACCCAUUUCUUUACAGUGUUCCUCAUCGCCUACAGCUCCUGCAGGUGCCGAAAUCAAUCAUUCGACAGACGCCUCAUUUAGAUCCUUCCCUUGUUUUUCAGCUGAAAUAUUGGCCACAUGCAGUAUUUGAGGAAUGAAGCACAACCUCGCACACAGAGGAUCUAUCGAUAUCACGCAGAGUUGCAGAAACAGUAUUUAUGAAAAACCUGUUACUUCAAGCCGAGUUGUUUUCAAGCAGCCUCUUAAAAAUUUGUUUGUUUUUUUUCCCUCCUGUAAAAUUUAUUAUAGCAGAGUUCUGUACAGUAUUUUUAAGUAGAGUAGGUACAGUAACCACGAUUCUCUACGAUCAAUGACUGAUGACGUUGUAUAUUGUAACUAAGAGUUUAUUUUUGUUUUGUUGCGAUUUGUGAUUUCUGUAAUAAAACAUGUGUAACCCAAA